AUGACCUCGCUGCCACAAAUAGACGCAAUUGAGCCUGUAACAGUUCAGAAUUAUCAGCAAUCUCCCAGUCAUGUCGAGAAAAGUACGAUUGCCGACUCUGUUCCUGGCACGUUAGACCAACCAGGUGGCCCCGACACCGAAAGCAACAGCGGAGAUGGAGAGCUCCAAGAUCAGUCACGGCGCCUACCAUUCUUCCGACUCAUUCUCGCCUACCUCUGUCUCUGUUUCUGCUAUUUCAUCUCAUAUCUUGACAUGAACUCCGUCGCAACAUCAUUGCCCACCAUAUCUGAGGCUCUCGAUGCUGGUCCAACUGUUACGUGGGUUGGAACGUCAUACCUUCUCGGCCAACUAUCAUUUCAGCCACUCUAUGGCAGAAUAUCCGAUAUCACUGGACGAAAGCCUAUCUUGUUGUUCUCAAUUGGCUGCAUAGUGGUAGGUGGUCUGCUCUGCGGAUUCGCCCGCACUCCAGUCUGGCUGUACGUCUGUCGCACAAUCAGCGGCAUUGGUGGUGGUGGCAUAAGCUCCUCAGUGGCUAUCAUCGUCAGUGAUCUCGUUAGCCUGAGAUCGCGAGGGAAGUAUCAAGGAUUUAUAAGUCUUGCCAUUGGGAUCGGAGCUUCUUCUGGUCCAUUCGUCGCUGCUGGGCUGAUACAGCGGACCACCGACGGCUGGAGAUGGGCGUUCUGGGUCCCUUCGAUAAUGGGAGCCGUAUGCUUUGUGCUUCUUCUGCUACUCCUGCCUCUGAAGCCCGUUUCUGGUAGUUUCAAGGAGAAAGCUCGCAAGAUUGAUUGGCUGGGAGUGGCGGCCUCCAUAGCAGGAAUAGUAUUGACAGUUAUGGCGAUCAACUCUGGAGGCAGUAUGUGGGCCUGGAAGAAUGUGAAGACCAUCUCCAUCCUCACUAUUGGCGUCAUCAUGCUGCUCGUCUUCGUAAUAAUUGAGGCUUUCUUUGCUCGAAUCCCCAUCAUUCCCCUGAGGCUGUUCAGGCAGAGAUCCCCAGCUGUGCUCAUCCUCACAGGCUUCUUGCACGACUUCGCUUGGCAGUCCACGCAGUACUUCGUUCCUCUAUACUACCAAACUGUUCGUGGCUUCACGCCUCUGAAGAGCGCGACGCUCAUUGUGCCGUUUUUGCUCGCGCAAGGACUUGCUGGCGCUGCCUCCGGGCCCAUCAUGGCUCGGUAUGCAAGAUACAUGCCCAUCUUGCGGACUGGUUUCACGAUCUGGACGAUCGGUGCCGCCCUCAAGCUUCUAUUCAAUGAGCACACUCAUGUCGCUGUCUACGUAGUAGUUCUAGCUGUUGAAGGAGCAGGAAUAGGAUGGGUCCAUCAGCCAGGUCUUGUUGCCUUGCAAGCCAACUCUGCAGAUGAAGACCGUGCUGUAGCGACCGGAACCCGCAACGUCUUUCGUUCUCUCGGUGGCGUCGUUGGUACCGCUGUGUCCACAGCUGCAUACUAUGCUACUCUGAAUAAAGCCCUUUCACAAGCCAGUGCGGUGCCGAAAUGGCUUCAUGACCGCGUCUUGGAUGGCACAUGGGUUGUCGGGGACCCCAAAACUGCAAAAUUUGAAGGUGCUAUCAUCGAUGCGCGCAUGCAAGGCUUUCGAGUCAUCUUCAUCACAACAAUACCCCUCAUGGCUUUGUGUCUGCUGUCGAGCUUCUUGGUAGAUGAUAUCGUGCUAAAGGGUGACAAUGGUCAGGGAGGGAUGAGAGAAAGAGGUCAGGCGACCGAGCCGGGGUCUUCUCCAACAGCGCAGUCGGAUACCAAGAGGGAUAGCUCAUACAACUAG